ACAAAACAAAACAAAACAAAACCAAAAAAGAACCUAGCUCUUAGGGCCACCUGGAAGAGAGAAUGUACUGUGUACAAAUUAAAGCAUCCAGGGUUUGUGCCCAGUGCUGGUAUCUAACACUGGCUUCUGUGUCUAUUACUGCUGGAAAGAGGGUUGGGGCUUAGUGUUGACGGCAGGGCAAGUACUCCUCGGGUCCCUUUAACUUCUGUAUACUCUCGGUCUUCGAAGGGCCCCACUCCCUCUCCCUCUCCUCUCCUGGGAGUGGACUGGGCAACCCAGGCCCCCUCCCCUGGCGAUCUCCGGAGCUGGACCCCUUUGAAGCGCCUGCAGGUCUAUUUUGAGAGCUGAUUUCUCCCGCCUCCCUUCCUCUCUUCCUGUUUAUGAAACCCUGAUCCCUCCCGGAUCCCUGGUGCUCCCCUGGCCCUGGAGCUUAGGCAGGAUGUGACUCUGGGCUUUAGGGAGCCUCAGGCAGGUAUUGAGAGAAACUUCUCUUGGGUGACCGGAACUAACCAAAUUACCUGCUUAGCACCUGGGACGCAUGCCUGGGCUCUCUUCCUUUAGCCUGCCCUGGGGAGAGCCUGUGGUCCAGAAGAGAGAGGUUUUGUUUACUCCUUUCUCCGUGGCCCACUUGGCUUCUAGAGAGCCUUCAUUUGAACAGAGGAGGGCUGAUUCCCAGAUAACGAGUUUUUGCCUGGGAGCACCUGGCUCGCCCCGAGUCAUUGCUUCACUUCUUAAACGCCUUGCUCACAGUGCUCUUUCUCAGCAUGGACCCUUUUUUUUUUUUUUAGUCCCUUUCUGUCCAGCAAAUACCUGUUCGUCCUCAAGAGCCAGCUGGACUGUCUCAUCUAGAAAGGGUUCCCGGACCUCACCACCCUGACAGUCUCUCUACCUCCGGGCAGCUUAGCACCUUAACCCUGUGGCAGGACAGUUGUGUUUUGUUACCAGGUAUUUCUUUUUGGAGCUACCUGAGGAUCAGACCCAAGCCAGCCUUAGCUGUCUGUGUGUGUGCUUCCUGGCAUCUGUCUCCCACCUGGGCAAAGCAGGGGCCAGGAGCUGUCAGUCAUGUCCAAAGGAGAGGCGCAGGUCUCUAGUGCAUACAGGAAGGCCUUGAUGGAGAUGUCAGGGUGGGAGUGGGCGUGGGGUCAGCGAUGAAGUUUGGGGGAGUUUUGGCUGGCUCGGGAGCAGGCUUUUUAGUCUAACCCUUAGCUGUCCCCUAUGUCAUCCACAUGGGGCUUGUCAUUUUCCGUUGAGUCCUAUUUGCUUAUCGCUGAAAGUGGAAGAGGAGCCUUCCUUGGGAACCAUGCCAAGCCCAGGCCUGGUGGAUCUAUCUCAGCAAAGGCUGGAGGAAGGAGUGACCGUGUGGUUAAAUGACCAUGUGACGGGAGACUCGGGUCUCAUUGCUCCUUCCCCGGCCUGACCUGGUACCUGGGACCAGCCCCUCCCUCGGGAUGCCUAGGCAUGCUGGGAGUCAUACCUGGAAGGCCCUGCAGAUUCUGCCACCAGGAGAAAGGAUGGUUGGUAGCCAUUGGGGCCAGCGACUAAGAAGGGCUUGACCAUAGUGAGCAGGACACCCAGAGUAGAGCUCCUAGGGGGCAAGGUUCAGAUGCUGUGGCUCUGGGCUUUUCUUCCUGCUGCUCUGUGGAGGAGCAGGAACAGGACUCAGGAAUGUAAGCUGAUGUCUGUCCCCCCCAAUACCCAUCAGAGGCCUCAGGUCCUCACACAGUUCAGCAAAGGCAGUUUGAGGCCAUUUCCUUCCUCUGCCCCUUCUGGUACCCUGCUCACCACAGCGCUUCUUUCCUUGUUUAGGGGACUCGCGGGUUGAGGGAACCUGGUGUAGGUGUUUGUGGCCAGUCUUCGGGCAAGCUGCCCUGCCUGAAUCAGCAGCAGGCACUUCGGUCUUGGGGAGGAAUCUUUCACAACUCCACAGGCCAUCUACCACACACUUAUCAGAGCCUGUGAGGAAGGGAAGGGGAAGUACAGUGUGCGGGAGGGGCAUGUGUUUCUCCACUGCGCUGUCUAGAAAGGGUUUCCGAUUACCAGCCUGCGCGUAUCUGUUGGUUCCUGUGAGUGUGUUAAUGACAGGAGAUGCAGCCCCACAGAAAGGGAUGGGCCUGGUCCUCUCCUGCCCUCAGGAGCCCAUUCCUCUUCUUGGGUCUUCUGACUUAUUGUCCAUCCCGGGUCUUAAGAUUAGUGUGUCUGAACAGAAACAGGAUGAGGCAGGGUGCUGCCUGCUCUGUGGGGGAAGGGGUGUCUCAACUCCGGGCUGGGCCUUGCUGACUUCUGUCCUAUAUGUUCCUGGGGAGCCCGUAGUGUGUAUGUUUUCAAGUGCUGAAUACAUACUGUGUGUGCAUCUCUUCGCCAUGUGCCUUGUGUCUACAUUCCUGUCUUCCCUCCUUGGGGGUCAGGGGACAAAAAGGGAGAUACCUUUGGGCUCUGCUCUCCCUGGGUCAUAGCUUGGGGUCUGCAGUGCCCUCUCCUUAUCAGGGGAGCCUAACCCAUCUUGAGUUCCUCCUUUCUGCGAAGAGGGAAGUGAGGAGAGGAGCCAGAGACCCUGCCUUCUGGGCUAGGAAGGCUAACAAAAGCAGAAGUCACAGGAGUAACAGGCCCCUCCGGCCAGCAGCGUGAGUCCCACCAUGCAAACCCCAGCAGAUUUCCCCAGGGUUGAGAGAGACUCCGGCUUCUGUCCCAGAAAGGUGAGGAGAUGAGUCUGUCGUCAUGACUCUGGGCACGGCAUAGGUUUGGGGAAAGCUCUCUGUCCCCAGUGGGUCUUCUCAGGCAGACAGUGGACUUAAGCAGCUGAUCCUGGGGUGGGGUGAGCUGAAUCGCUGUGUGGCCUCGGCCUAACUGCAGCCAAGUCUUCUGCCUGAUCCCCCAAAUGACUCUGGGGGACUGAUUUGCCUGCAGUGUUCUUUGGUUAGAUGGUGCUGUUGAGAUCCUUGGAGUCCCCGAGAGUGACAACUUGGAAUGGGAAGUCCCAGACCAGCUUUAGGGCUGAGAGAGAGGGCAGGCUCCAGUGGGCAGGAAGUGGGCUCUGGCUGACUUACCUGCCCACCCUUUCCUGGCACUUGAGGCUGCUGACUGCAGUCAGGCAGGACCCAGAGGAGGGACUUGCCUCAGGACAGCUCUGCCAUUGGUCUGUCUUGAACCUGAACCACAGUUCCCUGUUCCCUCAGCGGGGCCAGAGGUUUUAGAGAUAUUUAGGUCAGAGUUCACUUAAGAGGUGGCUCUCUCAGCCUCUCCUUCAAUCCUGGGGCCACCUAGGAAGUCCCUGGGAAAGUUUUGGAAGACCCCACAGAGAUGGGAUUGCGCACAGGCUCUGUCCUGGGGCCGGUAGCUUGUUUCCCCUGUGUCUUCCCACCCUAAGCACUUGAGAAAGAGCCUCCAGCUCUGCCGUGGCCCUUCCCUGGGGAUCCCUGCCCUGCCACCUGCCUGGGUUUGCCCUGGAUGCCUGUCAGUCUGUGGAGGUUUUAAACUCUGCCUGGCUCUCCGCUGCCAGCACUCUCUCUCUUGUUGGGUUCCAGGACCUGUCUCUAAUUGAUAAGUGCCUGUCUUCAUGAAUUGGGUGCAUGAUAAAUGUUGAGUGGCUCCUUUUGUCUCUGCAUGUCCACAUGAGUCUCUGUCUCUCAUGGGCAUGAGCUCCCUCCUGUGUAGUGGUUUUAUGUUCUUGCCUUUGCCUCUUGGUACAGGUUUCCCACCCAUCUCUGUAUUGAACAUGUGUGCCUGUCUGCCUCUGUCUGUCGGGUAAUGGUCCCAGUCCAUCUCUUGCUGCCUGGGGAUAUGUCCUUAUAUUAUGCCUCCCUGUCUGAUGAAUGUUUAUGUACAUGUACAGAGUGUAUGUAUGUCUUCUGGCCCCUGCCUGAUGGGUGUCUGUCCUUGUCUGCUGCUACAUACUAGAUGCCUAUCUGUGCCGACUUUGUCAGGUCCCUGUUUUAGGUCCUAUCUGCUCAGCAGCCGGGCUGGGCUGGGGCUUUCUCUUUGUAGGCCUACAGGGAGGAUGAAGGGGAGGGCCAGAGGGCAGACCUCAGGCACCGGGGAGUAGGGGGAGAGAGAAGAAGGAGUGAGGGUGGAAGCCAGGAGCUGGGAAACCACAGGCCCUGUGUGAUUGGCUGUCUUGGGCCUGGCCCAGCCCCCGCGCCCUCACCCUGCACAUCCGCCUUGGGCCCAGCCACCUCCUCGGCAGUCCUGGUGGGUUGUUACCUACCCUUGCCAUGGUGCCGUGGCCCUGCCGGGCGGAUGGAGCAGGACCCCAAGCUGCCCCGUCUGCGGCUCAGGGCCCUGCUCCCCUGGCUGCUCAGGAAGCAACGGUCCAGGAUCAGCCAGGCUCUGCCUGGCCCUGGCCCUGGCUCUGGUCCCCAGCAGGACUCGGAUGAGGGCGUCCUCAAGGAGAUCUCCAUCACACACCACGUCAAGGCUGGCUCCGAGAAGGCUGAUCCAUCCCAUUUUGAGCUCCUUAAGGUUCUGGGCCAGGGAUCCUUUGGCAAAGUCUUCCUGGUUCGCAAGGUCACCCGGCCUGACAGUGGGCACUUGUAUGCCAUGAAAGUGUUAAAGAAGGCAACGUUGAAAGUGCGUGACCGUGUCCGCACCAAGAUGGAAAGAGACAUCCUUGCUGACGUGAACCACCCAUUCGUGGUGAAGCUACAUUAUGCCUUCCAGACUGAGGGCAAGCUCUACCUUAUUCUGGACUUCCUGCGUGGUGGUGACCUGUUCACACGACUCUCAAAGGAGGUUAUGUUUACAGAGGAGGAUGUGAAGUUUUACCUGGCUGAACUGGCACUGGGCCUGGACCACCUACACAGCUUGGGCAUCAUUUACAGAGACCUCAAGCCUGAGAACAUCCUUUUGGAUGAGGAGGGCCAUAUCAAACUCACUGACUUUGGCCUGAGCAAGGAGGCCAUUGACCAUGAGAAGAAGGCCUAUUCAUUCUGCGGGACAGUGGAGUACAUGGCCCCCGAGGUUGUCAACCGCCAGGGCCACACCCACAGUGCAGAUUGGUGGUCCUAUGGGGUAUUGAUGUUUGAGAUGCUGACGGGCUCCCUGCCCUUCCAGGGGAAGGACCGGAAGGAGACCAUGACCUUGAUUUUAAAGGCGAAGCUAGGCAUGCCCCAGUUUCUGAGCACGGAAGCCCAGAGCCUCCUGCGGGCCCUGUUUAAGAGGAAUCCUGCCAAUCGGCUUGGCUCUGGUCCUGACGGGGCAGAGGAGAUUAAGAGGCAUGUCUUCUACUCCACCAUAGACUGGAAUAAGCUCUACCGUCGCGAGAUCAAGCCACCGUUCAAACCAGCUGUGGCCCAGCCCGAUGACACCUUCUACUUUGACACUGAGUUCACAUCCCGCACACCCAGAGACUCUCCAGGCAUCCCCCCGAGUGCUGGUGCCCAUCAGCUGUUCCGUGGAUUCAGCUUCGUGGCCACUGGCCUGAUGGAGGAUGAUGGCAAGUCCUGGACCACUCAGGCCCCCCUGCACUCGGUGGUCCAGCAACUCCACGGGAAGAACUUAGUUUUCAGUGAUGGCUACGUGGUAAAGGAGACAAUCGGCGUGGGCUCCUACUCCGUGUGUAAGCGCUGUGUCCACAAGGCCACCAACAUGGAGUAUGCAGUCAAGGUCAUCGACAAGAGCAAACGCGAUCCCUCAGAGGAAAUUGAGAUUCUUCUGCGGUAUGGACAGCACCCCAACAUCAUCACCCUGAAAGAUGUGUAUGAUGAUGGCAAACACGUGUAUCUGGUGACAGAGCUGAUGAGAGGUGGGGAACUGCUGGAUAAGAUCCUCCGGCAGAAGUUCUUCUCGGAGCGGGAGGCCAGCUUCGUCCUGCAUACCAUCAGCAAGACUGUGGAAUACUUGCAUUCCCAGGGGGUCGUCCACAGAGACCUCAAACCCAGUAACAUACUGUAUGUGGACGAGUCCGGGAACCCCGAGUGCCUGCGCAUCUGCGACUUCGGCUUUGCCAAGCAGCUGCGGGCUGAGAACGGACUUCUCAUGACGCCUUGCUACACAGCCAACUUCGUGGCACCUGAGGUGCUGAAACGUCAAGGCUAUGAUGAAGGCUGUGACAUUUGGAGCUUGGGGGUCCUGCUGUACACCAUGCUGGCAGGAUACACUCCAUUUGCCAACGGGCCCAGCGACACACCAGAGGAGAUCCUCACCCGGAUCGGCAGUGGGAAGUUCACCCUCAGUGGGGGAAACUGGAACACGGUCUCCGAGAUGGCCAAGGACCUGGUAUCCAAGAUGCUGCACGUGGACCCCCACCAGCGCCUCACAGCCAAGCAGGUCCUGCAGCACCCGUGGAUCACACAGAAAGACAAGCUUCCUCAGAGCCAACUGUCCCACCAAGACCUGCAGCUUGUGAAGGGAGCCAUGGCAGCUACGUAUUCUGCGCUCAAUAGCUCCAAACCCACCCCCCAGCUGAAGCCAAUUGAGUCAUCUAUCCUGGCCCAGCGGCGGGUGAGGAAGCUGCCGUCCACCACCCUGUGAACCACAGUAUGGACAAACUCCUUGGAGGCAGAGUCUCUCCCAGAGGGAGCAGGCCUGAGUCACAGGACCAAGUGAAGCGGAGUCCUAAAGGGCCUGGGGAGCAGCCAGCCCAGAUCACCCAAGUUAGGGUGUGAAGUGCCUUCUUCCCCAGGACGGGCUCUUCUGGGCUCGGGCUCCAUUGUGUGAAAUCCACUCACUGUACAAACUAUUUUUUAAGGAAGGAAAAAAAAAAAAACGGCAUCAUUUACCAUGGAUUUUUACAAGAUCCAUUUGCCUUUCUGGCCUUUGCAGUCCCAGGAGGAGCAGCGAGUCACAUGGAGACUGAGUGGCCAAGACUCACUUGAUCAGCUUUGGGGCCCUCCCUAAGCACCCCUCUGUUGGCCUUGGAGCCAUCUGCACAUGCCUCCAAAGCAGCCCCUUGUUGCCUCAGAGUCACCCACUGGCUAUUCAGCAGAGCUUGGUCCCCAGCCGGCUCCCUUCUGUUCUGGGGUUCCAGAACGACUUUCUGCUAAAGCCAAGAACACCACCCUGUCAAGCUCUUGGUCCAGGCACCAGCAUCCACAUUGCCCAUCCACAGUGGGCCCCUGCAGGCGGGGCGGACGGCCCCGUGGAGAGGAGGCAGAGAGCACUUUUUGGCAGACUUCCUGUCUGUCACUGGACAGAGUUCACAGGAGCCCGGGGAGUGGGCCACGGGGGGACGGGGGCCUUUUCAUUUCCUCCUCAGCUGGUAACUCAGGGUUCAUCUGUCCAAGGCCUUUCUAAUAAACCUACAAUCCAGUCGAA